ACGCGAUUCCCCGCGCAUGCGCGCAUCGGAAGGCGGAGGGGGUGGUUUGCUUCUGUGGUCUCUGUAGGUCACCUGAGUGCGAUGUCUGUGGAGAAAAUGGAGAUUCCAGCCGUACCAACAUCAAAAUGCAUCCAUUAUUGGAAAAGGAAGGUCAAGUCAGAAUAUAUGCGCCUUAGGCAGCUCAAGAGACUGCAAGCAAACAUGGGAGCCAAGGCGCUGUUUGUGUCUAACUACGCAAAGGUUCAGGAGAAGAUAAACAUUCUGAACGAAGACUGGAAGAAGCUUAGAGUUCAACCUAUUCAAUCCAUGAAGCUGGUUGGAGGGCAUCCUUUUCUCAAACAGUGCACAGUCGAGAGCGUUUUCCCCAGUUUGACCACCCAGACCUUGUUCAUGCGGACUUUGAACACUGUGGCUUUGGUGCCUAUCAUGUAUUCCUGGUCCCCACUUCAGCAGAAUUUCAUGGUGGAGGAUGAAACCGUUCUGUGCAACAUCCCCUACAUGGGGGACGAGGUGAAAGAGGAGGAUGAAACCUUCAUCGAGGAGCUCAUUAACAACUAUGACGGCAAAGUCCACGGAGAGGAAGAAAUGCUCUCGACGUCCGUCCUGAUCAGCGAUGCUGUGUUCCUGGAGCUGGUGGAUGCGCUCAACCAGUACUCUGAGGAGGAAGAGGAAGGCCACGAUGCUGCGGAAGGCAAACAGGAAGCGGCGAAGGACGAGCUGCCUGUCACCCGGAAGAGGAAGUGGCUUUCCGUGGAAGGCAACAAGAAAUGUCUGAAGAAGCACUUUCCAAACGACAUGAUCUUCACUGCUCUUUCGUCAAUGUUCCCAGAGAACGGCUUUCCAGAUGAUAUGAAGGAGAGAUACAGAAAACUGACAAAAGAGUCUGACCCGAAUGUGCUCCCUCCCCAAUGCACGCCAAACAUCGAUGGACCGUGUGCCAAAUCUGUUCAGCGUGAGCAGGCCCUGCACUCUUUCCACACUCUCUUCUGCAGGCGCUGCUUCAAGUACGACUGUUUCCUCCAUCCUUUUCACGCUACUCCCAAUGUUUACAAGCGGAAGAACAGAGAAACCAAAAUUGAAAUGGAGCCUUGUGGGGCGGAGUGCUUCCUGUGGUUGGAGGGAGCCAAGGAGUUUGCUGUGCUGCACAACCCGCGCUCCAAGUGCUCUGGACGACGUCGCCGCAGGCAUGUCACACUCAAUACCACUCCCAGCGCUUCUGCCUCCACGAGCAACGAAGUGAAAGAAGGCGAUAGCGACAGAGACACGGGCAAUGACUGGGCCUCCAGUUCCUCUGAGGCGAACUCCCGUUGCCAGACCCCAACCAAGCCGAAGCUGAGCCCUGCCUCUUCGCAGCCCUUCAUGGCUGACAUGCCGCUGGAGCCUGUCGAGUGGACCGGAGCCGAGGAGUCCCUCUUCCGCGUCUUCCACGGGACUUACUUCAACAACUUCUGCUCAAUCUCUCGGCUCCUGGGAACCAAGACCUGCAAGCAGGUCUUUCAGUUUGCAGUAAAGGAGUCCUUGAUCAUGAAGCUGCCCAUGAAUGAGCUCUUGAAUCCCUCCCAGAAGAAGAAGAGGAAGCACAGGCUCUGGGCUGCUCACUGUCGGAAGAUCCAACUUAAAAAAGACAGCUCCUCCACUCUGGUGUACAACUACCAACCCUGCGACCACCCGGACCACCCUUGCGACAGCUCCUGCCCUUGCAUCAUGACCCAGAAUUUCUGCGAGAAGUUUUGCCAGUGCAAUCCCGACUGCCAGAACCGCUUCCCCGGCUGCCGGUGCAAAACGCAGUGCAACACGAAGCAGUGCCCGUGCUACCUGGCGGUCCGAGAGUGUGACCCGGACCUCUGCCUGACCUGCGGCGCCUCAGAGCACUGGGAAUCCAAGGUGGUCUCCUGCAAGAACUGCAGCAUCCAGCGGGGUCUUAAGAAGCACCUGCUGCUCGCCCCAUCGGAUGUUGCCGGGUGGGGAACCUUCAUCAAGGAGGCGGUGCAGAAGAAUGAAUUUAUCUCUGAGUACUGCGGGGAGCUCAUCUCUCAAGAUGAGGCUGACCGACGUGGGAAGGUCUAUGACAAGUACAUGUCCAGCUUCCUCUUCAACCUCAAUAACGAUUUCGUUGUUGACGCCACCCGGAAAGGCAACAAAAUCCGGUUUGCAAACCACUCUGUCAACCCCAACUGUUAUGCCAAAGUGGUGAUGGUGAACGGAGACCACCGCAUUGGGAUCUUCGCCAAGAGAGCGAUCCAGGCCGGUGAAGAGCUCUUUUUCGAUUACAGGUACAGCCAGGCAGACGCGCUCAAAUACGUUGGCAUAGAAAGAGAAGGUGAAAUAAUCUAGCCGCGCUCACCGGUGCGCUGGCUCCCAGCAAGCAUCGCCGCACCCCAUCCAUGCUGCUUCCCUUGUUGCUGUGUGUGUGUCGUGAGAGCUUCAUUCCAUCCAGGUCCCUCCUCAGAGAAGGAAAGAAGGAGCAGGGGAGGCCCACAAACUUCCUACAGAAGUGAGAUUCCGACUUCCAAGGCCUGGGCUGGGGAGCACUUUCCAUUUACCGCCGGAGGAUAAUUCAGAGGUGCUGAAAAGGCGUUUUGAGCCCUGCCCCGUGCAGAAGGAUGCUGGGCUUUGUGGGCUCUGUUGGUCUUUUGCGGGGAAGCCUGGUUUGAGCUGAAGGAAGUAUUAUUUUCCUCUGGCUGCCCCCUCCCUUCUCUUGCAACACAAGCAAGAACCCCACCUGCAGGGAAGGAUGGGCCGUGAAGUGCUAAGCACGGGAGGUCAUUGGAGCAAGGAAUUCGUAUAGGCUAAGGAGCUGUAGAUUAAAAGCAAGGAGCAUGGGCACAUAGAGAUCGGGGCAGAAAGGCGAGGAGGAGUGUUUGGGGCAGUUAAAGUGGGUCGGUAAGAUGGGGCAGAGGGUUGUAGGAGGCGCCAGGGCAUACCGGUGAAAGAGCAUGGGAGACGAGGCGCAGACACCAUCGGCUGUGGUUUGGGUCUCCCAUGGUGGUGGUUUGACCCCUUCUGUUGGUUGCAUUGGACGUAAUGGGGCUUCUCCUCCCUGGCCAUAAUCGGGUCUCUUCCAUCCCAUCAGUAUGCGGUAGAUAUUGGGAGACGGGAAGUACAAAGCGUUCUCAGAGUCCAGAGGAAGCCCCGGUUGUUUUCGGUCCUGCGAGUCUGAACCAAGAGUCCCUGCUGGUGGCGACAAAGCGACCGCACAGAACGGUGCUGCAGCUGCGCUGCCCAAGACUCGCUGUUUUUGAGAAACGACACUCUGGCUACAAGCCCUGCAGGAUUAAUUCCCCCCCAGAGUCUCGUGAGCAAUUCUCCCGUCGCCUCUGAAGCAAGGAAGUUGCUUAUUCAUCAUCUGCCCUCUCCCAACCCCUCCGGCAGAAUCUCGGGCCCUGCAGCACUGGCAACACUCCUCCUCAUUUGCUGAGUUCACGUUUUUGGUCAGGCUCUACCCCUUUAAGCUUUUUAAAACGAAUGAAUGAAAAAAUCCGCACCUUUGAAGCUGCAGGAGGUUUCAUGCAAGGGAUGUUUGGGGGGUACGUGUCCCAGCUAGAAUGAGACCUUACGAAAUGCUGUAUCAGGGAUGGUGUUGGGACUACAACUCCCAUCUGCCCCUGCCAGCGUGGCCAGGGAUGAUGGGAUGUGUAGUCUGCUCCUGACCAAAUUCCUCUCCCUCGGAAAUCAGGAUUCCCCCCCCCCUGCCUAUUGAUGUAUAAAACAAACAGCUAGCAUGCACUUUAGAAUAAUUUGCUCCACCAAGGGUAGGCUGCGGAGAGCUGGGCUCUCUGUGAGCUGUAGAGGGUGGAAAGCUGAGUCGAUGGCGUGAAUUACUGUUAAGGGCUGGAUCCUCAUCAGCUCCGGCAGUAGUAAUAGCCAGCUUUUCUUGCUGUUGAGGUUCUUUGCAGGCACCAGCAGAAGACGAGAUACUCAUCUCAAAGUUUGGCAUAGCAGCUGCUGCGUGUGACAGUCUUGUCCAUUUAGAGGUGGCGAAAGAACAUUUACACUAUGGGGCUGGGUUUCGUGCAAGUAGUAUGCAGAGUUUUUGAAUUCUACAAAAUUAUUUCCUGGAGCAUCGGGGAGCGGUUCCUUACGACCAGCAGAGAGCAACAUUUUGGCCUAGUCUGAAGGAUGUUCAGCCAUUUCAGAUCAAGAUAGCUGCCUAAUUGUAGAAGCUUCCGCAUUUAUCCCAAGUAGAAUGCUCUUUGAAAGGAUCCAUUGGCCAAAUCACUACCCCUGCCUGUCCCUUGCCCUGCAUUUGACAGGUACAGUAAUACCAUGGAUAGUGUCUAAACAUGCAUAGGGUGCAUUUUCUCCUGUAUAGCUAUAACCUACCCUCUGUCAUCUGGGAUCACGGCUUUCCAGGCAGAGGGGCUGCG